AUGGUGAAUGCAGCAAGUGGAGGAGGGCUAGUGAAUAAGACUCCAGGAGAUGCAACUAGGCUGAUUGCAGAGCUAGCAGAAAAUUCUAGGCAAUUCAGUCAGAGAACUCCCACGCGCCGGGUGAAUGCAACAAAUUCAAAUACGUCUGAGUUAGGAAGUCAAGUAGCUGAUUUGACUUCUAUGAUGCGUGAGUUCAUGGUGAACUCAAGGAAUCCGCAGCAACUGAAUGCUUGUGGUAUAUGCACCUCCAUGGGACAUCCCACUGAUGCAUGUCCUCAAUUACAAGAGGAGCAGAAUGAGCAAGCAAAUGCAAUGGGUUUCCAAGGGCAAGGUCCUCAGAGAAGAUAUGAUCCCUAUUCAAAUACAUACAAUCUAGGAUGGAGGGAUCAUCCAAAUUUGAGAUAUGGGAACUCCCAAGGGAACCAACAACAACAAAAUGCUCAAGGCCAGCAACAGUAUCAGCAAUAUAGGGCACCAUUACCCAAACCUCAAGGCCAAAGCUCAAAUUCGAAUAAUAUGUCAACUGAAGAAAUGAUUAGAUCACUAACUUCUAAUAAUUUGGAAAGUCAAGUGAGCCAAAUUUCAAGUGCAGUGAGCAGACUUGAAGCUAAAGAUUCAGGAAAACUUCCAUCUCAAACGGAGUUGAAUCCUAAGCAACAAGCCAACGCUAUUACAUUGAGGAGUGGCAAGGAGCUGAAAGAGACUGCAGUUGCAACUAAGAGGGCUAAAGACUUGAUUGGAACUGAAGAGCAAGAAGUAGAACAUGAAGCUGUGGCGAAUCCACCAACUUUUCCCUCUUAUGAACCCACACCACCUUUCCCUGAAGCCUUGCAAGAUACUCGAAGGUAUGAGAAAGACAAGGAUAUUUAUGAGACUUUUAGCAAAUGUGAGGUAAAUAUUCCCCUCUUGAAUGUGAUUAAAAGUAUUCCUCGUUUUGCUAAGUUUAUGAAAGAACUGUGUACUAUCAAGAGAAAGCAUAGGUUGGGAGGAAAAGAGAAGGUAAAGGUGAGUGCUCAUGUUUCUGCGGUUUUCCAAAAGAAAAUCCCAGAAAAAUGUGGUGAUCCUGGUAUGUUUAUUGUUCCUGUUACAAUAGGAGACACCACAUUGCACCGAGCUAUGUUGGACCUAGGUGCAUCAAUCAAUGUCAUUCCCUACUCCCUGUUUAAAUCUUUAAAACUUGGACCUUUACAUGGAACUGGGGUAGUGAUUCAGUUAGCGGAUAGGUCUAAUGUGUAUCCUAAGGGGGUGGUGGAAGAUGUGUUGGUUAAGGUUGAUGGUUUGAUUUUUCCUGCUGACUUUUAUGUGCUUGACAUGGAACAUGACAAACAAGCAAUCCCCAUCUUGUUAGGAAGACCUUUCUUGAAGACUGCUAAAACAAAAAUCGAUGUGUCUACCGGUUCCUUGACUAUGGAGGUUGAUGGGAAAGCAAUUGGGUAUAACAUUUAUGAUUCCAUAAAGUAUCCUGUCAACACUCAUUCUUUAUGUUCUCUUAAUGUUGUCGAUCCAAUGGUGCAUGAUGUUCCUAACAAUGAUCGUGGGGAUGAGUUCCUCACACCUAUAACUAAUGUUGUAUCUGGUGAUUGCUUGGAUUUCUCUAUGCCUACUAAUGUGCAGGUGAAGGUGGGGGAAUUGAAUGAACAUUCCAAGCUUCCACCUAUACCACCAGGUUCAACAAUCGGCCCGUCUGCAAUUCCGGGCAAGAAAUUGUCCCAUUUAUACCACAAAGCAAAGAAUAGGUUGUGGCAUGACAAGAUGAUUGCUAGGAAGAAGGUGGAGGCCUUAGGAGCAAUUUUUAUGCGCGAAACGCAGCAAAAACAGAGCAAAACAGAGACAAGGGGGGCCUUCCCUGCAGAAGCCGCUGGCAGCUGCUCUGCAGCCGCUACCAGCGGGUCUUCUUGCAGCCCAAACCCCUUUGUUUCUGUCCCAGCCGCUGGUAGCUGCUCCUGA